CGGAUGGCGGCGAAGAAGCAAGCAGGAUUUUGAACGUGCAUAUAGCAGUCCGCUGCUCACGGACAGGCUCAUUCCAGCACUCGGCAAAUCAACUCUCCCGUGCACUCAGCCAGAGGACCGGGCCAACCUCCAACAACAAUGCCAGAUCAACACGAAGGGCCCUUGUGUGCAAUGUGCAACAAGGCUGGCGUGAAGACCUGCAGUCGAUGUCAUGGCAUUCGGUAUUGCUCGACCGACUGCCAGCAAGACGACUGGGCCGUGCACAAGCUCGUAUGCAAACAGUUCACCAAAUUCGGCGACGAUCAACGACGCAGUCCAACCCAAGUGCGCGCCAUAUUCUUCCCCGAUACAGCCAAACGACCCCGUUUCACAUGGCUUGGGGGCCCCCCUUCUGGAGCCGAAAUCAACUCGCCAGCUUCAAGCGCUGCCUCGGGCGGGGGAGCACGCCUGUUGGGGAUGAAUCUCGAUUCAGUGCUGGACAACAACCCUGUUCUCCAUCGCCCUCUCGAGUCAGAGAUAUUCAUCAUGUCGGGGCGCCAGCCACCCGGCUUGCGCCACAUGCUCCCUGCCCAGAAUCGCCCCAACAAGUCGGUGGGCGCAAUCGACCCAGAGAUGGAAUCAUUCUGGACGGGCUCUCUAUUUGCUUGCGGCGACCACGAUCUAACGCCCGCCGAUUUCCGGCACAUCGUCGACUACCUUCGAAUGGAGUGCUACCGGGAGGCUAUACUAGUCCUCGCACCCAGCAGCGACGAGACUGUGCAGGGCGUCCGCCUCAACUGCGCUGGCGACACGAAGAUCUGUCUCCGGCCGCACAGCGAAGUCUUCCACGUCGGCAUUUCGAUGCUCGACGAUCCAAACACGCUGUCCUCAACCAUUGGCCAACGCAUCGGCAUCCCGCUCGUGGCGAAGGGAGUGCCCAAGGCCGGAGGACUCCCGUGGCACGAUCGCCGCUUCGGCCCCAGGGUCACCGAUGCAAGCGACUGGAAUUGGCAUGGCUGUCUCUUCACGCGCUUUGAGAUGCGUCCGCGUGUCGAGUUUACCCCGCGGAGCUUCGUUGUUGCGCGCGUCGAUAGGAAGCCGCUGUAUCGCAUGCACGCGCAUGCGAUUGUGAUGUACUGUUACGAGAGGAUGUUGGGCAGGCAGAUUGUCUAUGAAGAUCCGCUUGGAGAUCCCGAGUUAGAGGAGAUUGCUGAGGGUGCAAGAUCCGCGGUGAAUGAUGAUGGUAUCUGGGGUGUUUCUGAGGAUGACUUUCGGCAGUGGUAUUCGACGUGGGCUGAAAGGCCGUACGCCAGGGCCCUGAUGGAACGGGAGCCGGGCGUUGGAUCUCCCUACGAUGUCUGAUUGUCGUCCCUGUCGUUAUGAACAUGUACAUGGUAGUGUCUUUAACCUCCCGUCGAUUCUUCUCUGACGGUG